AUGUCCAAAGAACAUGACGUCAAAGAACCCAAAGUCAAGAUACUUGGUCCAUCUUCAGAAGAGUGUCGCAAUGAGAAGAAGAAGACGUUACUGUGUGUGGUCUCAGAGUUAUGGCAGGUGGACAGGAACAAUGUCACCAGAGGUGUAGCAAGGGACAAGUUUGCCCAAAGAGACAGCAAGUUCUACAAGAUCACCAGCAGACUGAGAGUCUCUGCUGAAGACUGGUUCAACCCUGAGAAGGACUUCAGAUGUAUCGUCAUAUUCUUUAAUGGAGAAAACCAUCAAUGUUAUAAACACAAUCAGUGGCGUAGAAGGGAUGGUCAAAACUUAAACCAGAUUUGGACACAUGUGGACAAAAGUUCUGAUUCAGUCUCCCUACUUUCUCUUUAUCCACUAGCUGAUGAGUGGUUCAACUUCAAAGAAGGAUAUCCAAGGAGCACAGAGAAGGCCAAACUCUCCUAUGUGGUCUUCAUCGUCAAGAGCAGCAUCUAUGCAGCGUUUAUGGUCUUUCCAGUCUAUGCUUUAAAAACAGAACGACUGAGGGAGGAGCUGAGGAGUACUUUGUGUGUACUCAGUUUUCUACUGUUUUCAUUUUGUAUUCAAUAAAUAUAUUUUGUAUUUUC